GGAUACUUACUCCGUGCCUGUGGGUAAAGAUUUUCAUACAGAUAUACAACAGUAAAUUAACGACCUAAAAUACAAACGCAUGCAAGAAAGAAAUACUUAAUUAAUGAUUAAUGUACCUAUUAAUGAAUAAAGACAGCUUGUAGUGAACCUCAAGUAAAUAGCCUUACUGAUUUAUGACUUUUCCAUUCAAGUUUGGUUUUCCUGCGCUUGAAGUCAGAAGAGUUUCUUCCUCGGUGAAACGAACCAUAGCCCCCAUGCCAACUGGUUGGAGUGGCGUUACACCUGGUUACAAGCGCCGUCUUGCUCUCUUCUAUAUUCCAGUAAUGUUUCUAUGCAGCUCGUCGAAUUAAACAGGAGUUAACUGUGGUCCUCCGAGGAGCUGGAGAGUGCUAUACGCACGGACUGAGUACACCCAGCGUGGGAGCUGAAAAAACACAGUACGGAACGAGAGGGAGGAAGAGAACCAGUCUCUCCAAGGAUGACUCUAGGGACGGAUAUGUCCGACAACUCUGCUUUGUCUGAUGAUGUGGACAUAGAUGUGGUUGGGGGAGACAUUUCCGUUGGCAAGGAUGGGAAAUACCUUCAUCGCGAUUUCCUAGACAAUGACUCGGACGAUAAUUUGUCUCAGAACGCGGGAGAGAGGGGUUCCUCUCCCGGCCUCAGCAGCUCAGAGUGUCCGGCUGACCAGGUUGGAGUUGGUGGAGAUUCAGGGGCCAUGAUAGGAGAUAAGCCUGGUAAGAACGCUCUAGUCAAGCCCCCGUACUCCUACAUAGCCCUGAUAACCAUGUCUAUCCUCCAGAGUCCCAAGAAACGCCUCACUCUCAGCGAGAUCUGCGAGUUCAUCAGCAACAGGUUCCCGUACUAUCGGGAGAAAUUCCCUGCUUGGCAAAACUCAAUUCGUCACAAUCUUUCUCUCAAUGACUGCUUUGUCAAAAUCCCACGUGAGCCUGGCAACCCCGGAAAAGGCAACUACUGGACCCUCGACCCAGAGUCCGCCGACAUGUUCGACAACGGGAGUUUUUUACGCAGGAGGAAGCGCUUCAAGAGGCACCAAGCCAACGAAAUCCUCAGGGACGCCGGGGGGUUCCUGCCCGGGUUCGGAUACGGCCCUUAUGGGUACAACUAUGGACUCCAACUGCAGAACUUCCAUGCUCACAACCCUUAUCAUCCUCACCUUACAGCAGGCGCUUUCCCUUUCCAUAAUACACCUUGUGGACUCCCCUCGCCAGCCUCAAUAUUCCCCACGCCACAUCCCCUGCCCUCUCUAUUAGGGGCUGAUUUACGAAAGCCAUUCUACCCUCAACUAAGCCCUACCUUGCCCGGCCUGGCGCCUCUCAAGACGGACACUAACACGCCAAUUCGGCCUUCUUUCUCGAUAGACAAUAUAAUCGGUGCAGCUAACUCCGUGGCCUCCCCGUACAGCGCACAGUCGGGCAGCCACAGUCACAGUCAGGCUCAGAUCCUGGCCAUGUUGAACCCUGCACUCACCUCAGCUUCGAACCACUUGAACCUCUCGCAUGAAACCAUGCUUCAGCCUGGUUCACAGACAUUCUCCAGCAAAACUGCAAAUCUUAACAUUUGUCAUUUCUAAACUGGCAGCAAAAACAAAACUCGCAGAAAUCCUACCGGUUAUGGUUCUGUCGUCUUAUGUGAAGGUAGGAUAAACGUUCUUUGAGAAAUAAGAGUGUUGCUCUACCCCCCCCCCCCCUUUCUGAUCGGAGAGAGGAAAGUUAAAUGUAUAUUUAUGGAUUGUAAAUAUGUAUAGGAUACAAUAAAUGGAAGAAGCAUGAUGGUCAGAUAGCAAAUUCUAAGACAACAUUAAGUGUAUUCGUUGUCCUACGUUGGCCCAGGCCCUCAACUAUCUGAGCAAAGAUCCAGCUAUUUUAACACAAGUUAAAUGUCACGUAUCUCACUCUGUGGGGAAUAUUUAAUUGUUUCUUAACUAUAAUAGAGAUUUUAUUAUGAUUUGUAUUGUUAUAUAUAUAUAUAU